GACCCUCUCAAUCUGACUCUCUAGCGGGCGACUAACCUCCACCGGAGUCGACAGAUUGAGGCCCUAAGAACAAAACCUCCACUACCGGAGUAAAUCCGGUACAGAAUAGUGAGUUGGUUCCUCGACUAAAGUCACCAACUCCCUACCUUCAAUCAAGGAUACUCUAUUAACCUAGGAAGAUAUUCUCAUUCUAGGUUAAAGCAGAAACAACAGGAAUUUGAUCAGGAUUCAAGUCAUUCAAUAAUUAAAACCUCAAUCGAAUAUAAUCAAUCACAGAAUCAGUACUUGGGUUCAUACAAUCAAAGCCUAACAUACAAAUCUAGGGUUCUCCAUACCCAGAUGAAUGGGAGAACUACUCCAUAGAGAAGAAAGCAAAAGCAGAUUCAGACACGGAAUUCAUACUGCGAAGGAUGGAUUCCUGCUUCUGGACGUUGAUUGGCACUUCUCCAAGCUCAAGCUGGCCUCCAAUGGUGUUGAAGAUCAAUCUAGGGCACUUGGGAACUCUUGCUCGUCACUUUCUCUCUCUAGAAGUCGUUCUUUCUCUCAAAAACUCGAAUCCCCUUCUGUUUGGCUGAAAAUCUGCUUAAAAAGGCAUCAGCCAAAGCACGGUCGAGGGCACGGCCGUGCUUUGCCUGAGCCUGCCCGUGUUUCGGCCAGUGUUUAAUUACACGGCCAGCAGCUGUUGGAAACACGGCCGUGCUUCGCGAGGUACACGGCCGUGCUUUGCCUGAACACGGCCGUGCUUCGGUGCCCGUGUUUGCAGCUGAAUCGGCCAAACUGAAUAUGCUCUCGGCAUAAAAAGCACGGCCAGAAGUACACGGCCGUGUAAUUCCUUGGGCUGCCCGUGUUUUGGCUCCAGCUCACCGAAAUGACUUCCGAAUGCCCCGAAACUCGCGGUUAGCCUUCCCUUUAACGCCUGGGACCUGAAACAUGACAAAAUAGCACAACCCGGCGUAAAAUAGGCCAAAACACACGACUAUGCCCCUCAAACGGAUAAGAACUAGGGGCGCAAACAUGUGCAAUUACAUCGUUAUCAGUUACUCUCCUCUCUUAAAACUCAAAUCUUGGCUUAAAUACUUGACUGACACGGGGAUCCCUCACUAGCUAGUCCGGUUGCCAACUCAUACGUAUAAGAAGCCAUCCAGGCUUUCCUUAAACUUAAACUUAGUUAGGGAAGUCGUAACGAUUCAUCCCCCUAACAACUUAAACUUAUCGUGGUGGCUCUUCACCACGAUUCUCAAGGGCAUAACAGUUGCCCAUCUUAAAAGUCUCAAGAGCAUAACUGCUGCUCUAUCUCAAAAUGUCUCAAAAGGCAACGAACUGGCGCUAGUGAAUAAAACACUUAAAACCACUUCACCUUCUUGAAGGUGAGUUACUUCUUAAAAAGAACUUUCUUCUUAACUUUAUCACUAACUUAUAAACUUAAAGCUUAAAUUUAAAUAAGAAAUCAUGCACAUUCACAUCAAGCAUAGCUCAAACAAAGUCACAUAUCAUCAACAGGAUUUUUCCAAAAGUAGCACUGUUCAAAAAAACAAUUCCAAAAAUAGCACACAACUCCGAAAAAUUCCAAAAAUAGCACCCUUUCUGCAAAACCGCCACUCGUACAAGCGGUUUAGGUGAAAACCACCACCCCGGGGCGCGUUUUUCGAUGAAAACCGCACUGGCAGGGGCCGGUUUUACAGACUGCACCCCUACCAUGCGGUUUGGUUGCAGAACGCACCCCCACCAUGGGGUUUGGUUGCAGACAGCACCCCCACCAUGGGGUUUGGUUGCAGACCGCACCCCCACCAUGCGUUCUGCUUUUUUUUUAAAUCCUAACCUAGGUGGAAACUUCAAACGAACGUAUCUUUGUGUUCGGGUAUCCGAUCGUCGCGAAUUUUUUUUGAUUCCGCAUAACUUUUUGAGAUCUUGCAAGUCAAAGACUGCCGAAGGUGGUUUGGUCCCGCCUUCGUCCCAAAAAAGUCGUUUGCUACCCCGAACGAGCUUUUUCCGAUUUCGUCAAACCUUGGACAACCAUAACUUUGUACUCCAAAAUCCAAACGACAUGAAUUUUUUUUAUUUCGCAUUACUUUUUAAGGACUACAAUUUUUACUAGGAAUGAAUUUUCAAAACAGGAAUUAUUUUUGGAUAUACUGGAUUUGGGAAAAGCUUACCUUCCCUUCUCAGCAAUCCACGUACAUAUUGAAAUUAUUUCUAUGAUAAAAGUUGUAUUCCUUAAAAAUUUAUGCGAAAUAAAAAAAAAAUCAUGCCGUUUGGAUUUUGGAGCACAAUGUUAUGGUUGUCCAAAGUUGGACGAAAUCGAAAAAAGCUCGUUCGGGGUAGCAAACGACAUUUUUUGGGACGAAGGCGGGACCAAACCACCUUCGGCAGUCUUUGACUUGCAAGAUCUCAAAAAGUUGUGCGGAAUAAAAAAAAAUUCGCGAC